GGGCGGUGGGCCGGGGGGAAGGGGGCCGAGCGGAGGCGCCAGAGCAAGAUGGCGGUGCGAGUGCUGAGGUCCCUGGGAGCGGCCGCGCCCCCCCGCCUGCGGCCGGCCCUCAGGGGCCUGACAACUUCUACCACCAGACCUCGUGAAGAUAGUUGGUUAAAAUCUUUAUUUGUUCGGAAAGUUGACCCAAGAAAAGAUGCUCAUUCCAAUCUCCUAGCCAAAAAAGAAACAAGCAGUCUGUACAAACUACAGUUUCACAAUGUGAAGCCAGAAUGCCUGGAAGCAUACAACAAAAUUUGUCAAGAGGUGCUGCCAAAGAUUCAUGAAGAAAAACACUACCCUUGUACCUUGGUGGGGACUUGGAAUACAUGGUACGGAGAACAAGAUCAGGCUGUCCACCUCUGGAGGUAUGAGGGAGGCUACCCAGCCCUCAAUGAGGUCAUGAGUAAGCUCAGAGAAAAUAAGGAAUUUGUGGCCUUCCGUAAGGAAAGGGGCAACAUGCUGCUUUCUCGAAAGAACCAGCUGCUGUUGGAGUUCAGUUUCUGGAAUGAACCUGUCCCCAGACCAGGGCCUAAUAUAUAUGAACUCAGGUCUUACCAACUUAGACCAGGAACAAUGAUCGAAUGGGGCAACUAUUGGGCUCGUGCAAUUCGUUUUAGGCAGGACAAUGAUGAAGCAGUUGGAGGGUUUUUCUCUCAGAUUGGGCAGUUAUAUAUGGUACAUCAUCUUUGGGCUUACAAAGAUCUGCAGUCCAGGGAAGACACCCGGAAUGCAGCGUGGCAUAAACACGGCUGGGAAGAGCUGGUGUAUUAUACAGUUGUGAAUCCCAGGAGACUGUGACGCGGCCGGUCUGGUAGCGGCUGAUGUGUACGCCUGAGCAAGAAUCCAGUUUUGAUAAAGCGUUACAAUGAUGUCUGUAUGGGAAAGAAAAAAAUCACUGCAUUGAACCUGUUCUUUGGACUGCAUGAUCUCUAGUUUUGAAAUAAACACCUUGAAGAGCACUGAUUUUUUUUAAAAAAUAUUUUUCUAUAAUGAAACACAUAGCACUAGGAAAAGAGGUUUUAUUUUAUAAGCAAUCACAUGUGACCUCAGAUGCAUUUUCUGAGUCAAUAUUUUAAUAAACAUACAGCAGAUCUUUCUGAGGCCAUGUGAAAGUGGUGCAUGUUGAGAUGUUAAGGUUGACAUACAGCGGGGUACUCUGUCCAGUUCUGUACGAUUUCAUUUUUAAAUGUAGUGUACCAAUUUUGUUCGUGUCUGUAAUAACAUGGAAGUCCUAUUGAAAUGAACAUUUUGUCUGACCCAAAGUUCAAAAAUUGCUGUGUGAGAUAUACUGUAUAUGAAUCUCUUCCCUGAUGUCUAACUUGUACGUGUCAAGGCUUUUCUGCAAAAGCAUAUAAAGUCAAUAAAAUCCUUUUAAUUUUCA